GCAUGUGUCAAUUCUGUCACGUGACCUGCUCUGGAAGUUUCCUUCAGAAACAGCAUUCAGCUUUCUGUCCAAAAGCUAGGGUCAAUUUUAAGAUGACUGACCAACAGUUGGACUGCGCUCUCGAUUUGAUGAGACGAUUGCCGCCGCAGCAAAUUGAGAAGAAUCUAAGCGAUUUGAUAGAUUUGGUUCCAAAUCUUUGUGAAGAUCUUCUUUCGUCAGUUGACCAGCCCUUGAAAGUAGCCAAAGACAAGGAGAAUGGAAGAGACUAUUUGUUGUGCGACUACAACAGAGAUGGAGACAGCUACAGGUCGCCGUGGAGUAACAAGUAUGAUCCCCUCAUUAGUGAUGGUGCUCUGCCUUCUGAUCGUUUAAGAAAGCUGGAAAUUGAAGCAAACACUGCGUUUGACCAGUACAGAGAGAUGUACUUUGAAACUGGAGUGUCGUCUGUGUAUUUAUGGGAUUUGGAUCAUGGAUUUGCUGGCGUCGUUCUAAUCAAAAAAGCUGGUGAUGGGUCCAAAAAGAUCAAAGGAUGUUGGGAUUCAAUUCAUGUUGUUGAAGUUCAGGAGAAGAGUGGGGGUAGACAAGCACACUACAAACUGACAUCAACUGCAAUGCUGUGGUUACAGACUAACAAAGAUGCAUCUGGCAUGAUGAAUCUUGGUGGAAGUCUAACUAGACAAGCUGACACGGACUGCUCAGUGUCCGAAGCAAGUCCACACAUAGCCAAUAUUGGUAGAAUGGUGGAGGACAUGGAGAACAAGAUACGUUCUACAUUAAAUGAGAUCUAUUUCGGCAAAACCAAAGAUGUUGUGAAUGAUCUGAGAACUGUACAAGGAGUGGAAUCCAAAACCAAGCAAGCAAUGCUUGCUAAUGAACUGCGAGACACUCUAAGAGGCCGUACUGCAAAGACAUAAUUUUGACAAUGCAACAAUGAAAUAUGAAUGACAUGACAGCACUGUUAGUAGUGGUGGGCUGGUAGCUUGUGUUUGGUCCCUAGAAUAUUUGUUGUUUUUAUUCACUUGGCUUGUGGCACGUUGAUAGUUGUUGAGAACAUAAGAAUAUAAGCCAUAAACGGA